AUCAAAUUAAUUAGAAAUGAAAAUAUCGAAAAAUUGAGAAAGUUAAGAAUUAAUGCUAUGAAAUUGUGUUUCAAGUUUUCCCUAAAAUUAAGUAUACGGAAUCGAAUGGUUAAGAAUCGAAGCUAUCAAAUUUCUAUUUCAAAUUUCUCUGAAAUUAAUUAUACCGAUGUAAGAUCAGAGUACGGGAAAAAUUUGGAAUGAAGACUAUAAGCGUUGUUUGUUUCAAAUUUUAUUAAAAUUAACUAUACAAAAUUUGUAAUAAAAUGAUGAGUUUCGUUGGCCAUUGCAACGAUUGUAAGGUGUACUUUCGUUCAGGAGAGACAUUCGCAUUUAACACGAACGGGUAUUCAGGAAGCCAGAAUGUCGGAGGGCUGUACGAGUUGCAGGGGUGCGAAUUAUGCAGGCACCACGCUGCAGUUAAGCUCGGCUUCCGGUGGCGGGUCCGGAAGCGGCUCCUCCGGAUCUGGAAGCUCUUGCACAACUACAAGAAGAGUACAGGUACGCGCGAAGGUGCUGUACGGCUCUGGCAAGGCGAUCGCCAGCUUGCAAGCUCAAGAGAAAGCCGCCAGGCACUGAUAAGCGUCCUCCUCGUCCUUCUUUCCUCCGGUUUGUCCAAGUCAGCGACGAACCAUGAGACUCUGCGAUCAUCUUCCGCGAAAGUAUCUUCGACUCUUCGACCAACAAACGAAUCCACGUUCGACGACCGAUCCAAUCAAGACGAUGAUAAUUCCGAGGCGAUAGAAACUUUAUUUAUUCCCGAGAAUCCGAGUCAAUACGAACAGAUUCUGCUCUACGUGCGAGAAUUAUUUCAGGCGGUGGAACAAUCUGCCGAUUCGUUCGAUCAAGAAGUUCCGGCGGGUCUUGAGAGAAACGUAACUGAUAGUACGAGCGACGAGGAUCGAUUUUCGAAGCUGGAGCAGCGAUUCCGAGAGAGGAAUUCGCAGCCGUCAGAGAGAGAAGAGGACGAGGAAAAGUAUUCGCAGAGAAAUCCCGAGGGAGCAAUUUCACUGGGGAUAACCGCGCAGGAUAAUAGAAUGGAUGACGUAGUUUCGAUAGAAAGAAAUAACUAUGACGCUGGCUACAAAGGGAAAACCGAGCCCGACGAGGGCGACUUAUUGGAGGCGGCUAAUUUUGGGCUCGAUGCCAUGAAGGAUUUGUAUACUGUUAAGGAACCGAUGCUUUACUCGAUGGGUCUUUACCUGGACUCGGACAAUCCCGCGAGGCACGUGGCAGUUUUUAACGAACAAACAGAAGAAGCAAGGUUCCUCGCCAAGUACGGAUACGCGGUUCUUCAGGGCACCACGUUGUUCAGAAGAAAAUUCCCAAAUACUCCGGCAGACUCGCUUCUGUCUCGUCGCAGUCAAAGCAAUUCACUUCAACGUGGCUGCCCAAACAGAGGAGUUCCAAACUGUCCGGCGGCCAGUUUGAGAUACAGAACGUCUGAUGGAAGCUGCAAUAACCUGCAGCAUCUAUGGUGGGGCUCCGCCAUGUCCACUAUGCAAAGGUUCCUGCCUUCGGUUUACGAUGAUGGCAUUCAGAGUAUCAGGAAAUCGGUGACAGGAAAACCACUUCCUAGCGCAAGACUAGUGACCACGGUGAUUCACGAGGACAAAGAUGUCCCCUUGGAAGCUGUUACUCACAUGCUAAUGCAGUGGGGACAGUUUGUCGAUCAUGAUUUAACAGCCACCGGGCAAGGCAGAGGAUUUAAUGGCUCUAUACCACAAUGUUGUCUGAAAUUCGGAUCCGGUUUCCAACCACCGGAAUUCAUGCAUCCAGAAUGUUUGCCAAUAUCAGUAAGCAAGCACGAUAAUUUCUUCGGUCCUUUGGGUGUUAAAUGUUUAGAGUUCGUUCGAAGCGGCUCAGCACCGAAAGAAGAUUGUGAAUUUGGCCCCAGAGAGCAAUUAUCACAGGUGACAAGUUAUCUAGAUGCUUCUGUGGUAUACAGCAACAGCGCCUUUCGAACAGACUCCUUACGAUUAUUUCGGAAUGGUUUAUUGCAAUAUGGGAGGAUCCAGUCGCAGAGACCGGUGCUGCCUAAACUCGAUUCCGAUCUCUGUAGACGCGGAUCAUUAUCCACGAAUUGCUUCAAAGCUGGCGAUGGUCGUCUCGGCGAGCAACCUGCUCUCACGUCUCUUCACGUAGCGUUUUUGAGGCUUCACAAUAGAAUCGCGACGAAACUUGCCGCGUUGAAUGCUCAUUGGAGCGACGAGAAACUAUUUCAAGAAUCCCGGAGAAUCGUCGCGUCCAUUGUCCAGCACAUCACCUACAGAGAAUUCCUGCCUAUUGUUCUUGGUCAAGACGUGAUGAAAAUAUUCGACCUCGAACUCUUAAAGAAAGGCUAUUACGAAGGUUACGACCCAGCAGUGAAACCAACUAUCGCGAAUGCGUUUUCUACGGCUGCCUAUCGCUUUGGUCAUUCUCUGGUUCAACAGAGCUUCGUUCGAUUUAACAGCGAUCAUCAGCCAAUUUUCAACAAUGUUUCCAUCCACAACGAGUUCAUGAAUCCAGCAAACCUGGAAACAGCCGGCUCAGUGGAUCGUCUUCUCCUUGGUCUGAUCAAUCAAAACGCCCAAAGAAGAGACGAGCACAUAAGCGAAGAGUUAACCAACCAUCUGUUUCAAACUCCAAGAUUCCCUUUUGGAAUGGAUUUAGCUUCGAUCAACAUUCAACGAGGCAGAGAUCAUGGAAUUCCCCCAUACGUACGAUGGCGAGAGCCCUGUGCUCUAUCGCCGAUAAAGAACUUUGACGAUUUAGAGAGAGUUAUGCCACCAUCCACGGCUAGAAGAUUCAAAUUAGUCUACUCGUCUGUCGAAGAUAUUGAUUUAUUCACUGGAGGACUUGCAGAGAAGUCAGUGAAGAGCGGUUUAGUUGGACCCACGUUUGCUUGUAUAAUUGGCCAGCAGUUUAAUAAUAUACGUAGAGGAGACAGAUUCUGGUAUGAGAAUUCUCAGCAGGAAAGCAGUUUCACACCUGGACAACUUCAACAAAUCAGGAGAGUCACUCUAGCUCAAGUUCUUUGCUCAACAAUGGAUAAUAUAGAGACUAUACAACCAUUUGUGUUCUUGACACAAGAUACUCUGAAGAAUCAACGCAGGCCUUGCAACGAUUCUAUCAUUGGACAAUUGAAUUUAGAAUCGUGGGCAGAGAGAGAUCCAAAAUUUAGAAGAGAAGGUAUCAUUGAUAAAAUAAAGAAGUACGUUUCAGUCAGUGCAACCACUUCAAAAUCUACAGAUUUACACUCUCAUAACUUAAACCCUGCAGAAACAAGCGUUCAACAGCAGAACAGGAUUGUCGUGAAGAAGCCUUUUGGUCCUACAGAUAAUCUAACCAUAGUUGUACAAAAUAAUGCAAUUAAUUCACCUGUCUUUGUGAAUGAUGCUAUCUAUGGGUCCAGUAUAAAAGUGAAUCCCUCGUUGGUCCAGCAAGUACAACAGAGACCAGUUUCUGAAGGAUCCAUGCCUAUUCCAACUUAUCUUCCGGCAAAAUCUGUGAUAAUAACGCAUCCUCUAGGAGAUCCUGAUUAUUCUUAUGUUCCAUAUGCUUUCAAUGAUCCCAAUAAUCCUAAUCCUUUGAGCCAAGGAUAUAGACCUAGCUACUCUAGCGAUGUUGUGUUCGAUAGUUUCCCUGGAACCAGUCCAAGACCAACUUUGUACACUUAUUAUACCAACUUCCAAAAAUUGACUACUCAGAAACCUUCUCAAGAUGUGCACGCUUAUAUUACAAAUUAUAGACCUCAGGACCAUGGAUCUAAACCAAGCUCAUGGCCUAAUUCACAGUAUAAGAGUCAACCAUCGUCCAAACCAGUUUACAGUUCUACCCAGAGACCUCAAGAUGUAGACGCUUAUAUUACAAAUUAUAAACCUCAGGACCAUGGAUCUAAACCAAGCUCGUGGCCUAAUUUGCAGUAUCAGAGUCAACUAUCGUCCAAACCAGUUUACAGUUCUACUCAGAGACCCCAAGAUGUGGACGCAUAUGUUGCUAAUUAUAAGCCACACGAUCAUGGACCUGAAUUGAAUUCGUGGCCUAAUUCACAGUAUCAGAGUCAACCAUCGUCCAAACCAGUUUACAGUUCUACUCAGAGACCUCAAGAUGUGGAUGCAUAUGUUGCUAAUUAUAAGCCACACGAUCAUGGACCUGAAUUGAAUUCGUGGCCUAAUUCACAGUAUCAGAGUCAACCAUCGGCCAAGCCUGUUUAUGAUUCGCCAGAGCACAAUAAUCAAGGACAUGGAAUCAAUAUUUGGCAGAAAUUGCAAUAUAAGCCUGUGGUUUUGGUCGGUCAAACAGAUUCUGGUAAUUUACAGAGCUAUGCACAAACUUCGAACCACCCACAGAGUUAUCUAAAAGAUUCUGAAGAUACGCACAUCAAACCUGCAAAUAGCCAACAUGAUUACAUAAAAGAUUCCGAAAAUAGGUAUACCACCUGGUCUACCGUCUCUUCUGAUAAGAAGACUGAGGGGACAGUAAUAAAUGAUCCGUACUAUAGACCUUAUCAAGAAUCAAAUAGGAAGCCAGUACAGAGUAGUUAUGGAUCAAGUUAUCAAAUUGAUUUCCCUGGCAGACCUACCGCAAGCUUAAACGACAAAGGAACCACCGUCCAUCCUAAUGCUUUCUAUUUAAGUUCCACCGCAAGACCAAUUUCGAAUAACGAAUAUAAUAAAGAGUUCAGUAGUUGGCCUGCCAGUCAUAACGAUUAUGAUAUAGCGACUCACUCGACUCCUGUUUACAGACCAGCGCAGCAGUUUAGCGAUUAUCAAAGUAAACCCGAGAACUCCUAUCAGAAUGUGCAACCUAAACCGUCGAAAAUUCACAGCGUGACGAUCAUCACGGCGAGUCAAAGCGGAAAUGAGGUCGACAGACUCGAGAAUCGAGUUACCAGUGAAGUUCCAAGACCGUUGACUACCCAAAUAGCCAACGACAGAGCGAAAAAGCCUGGACAGUAUUAUUACGAGAAGAACGUGCUACAUCGGUAUCCAGAUAAGAUGGAGGAUCAGCCAGCGUAUAACGCUGAACAGAGACAUAAAUCAGCGAGCGACGAGGUGUCGAUCGAUGAUACUCUUAUCGUGGCUACCGUGAGGAACCAGCUUAUCGAUGGAAAUGGGAACAAUACAGACGUCAAGACAAUGAGUCAGACGAGAAACGAAUCGUCCGAUAGCGCAACAAGCGAUGAUGUGGAUUACGGUCUCGGCGAUGCUUUCUCAGAAGAGACUGAAAUUCCGCCAAGCUACAGAACGAGUCAUUGGCUGAACCCACAUGAGGACACCAGCCUACCGUCAGCUCUGGAGAUGCCAAAAAUCCCAUCAGACAAAACCAGUGCCGCCAAGGAACUACCAAAACCUAUGAAGCUGAGAAAUUACACCGUGUAACAAUAAGUCCUCUUCCUGUCUUCAUUUUUCUAUUCGCUGAACGGCCGUUCCACUUGGUUCGCCACUGCGUAAUCCUCGCGAAUUACAGAACGUGUAAUUAAUUUAAUUCUAGACGUAGAUCGUUCGCAACGUUAGUAUUUAUUGUUCUUUUAGAAUGAUCUUCACUGCGUGAAAUGAUCGAUGACUUUUAAUUUAGCUCGUAAGUGCCGGCAUUCAAUCCAUUGAGGAUCAACAUUUCAUUUAUAAUUUCGUAUUUUAGCCAAUUCCAACAAAGAAAGUUAUAAAACGCCAUUUAAUCCGCAUUGUGGAUCCUCAAAAAUAUUCUAUAAAUUUUCAGAAAAACUUUCUUGCUACUAUCUCCUCUUCCACUUAAAAAUGUCUUAUCUUAGUUACGAUAUUAAUUCAUCUCGCGAUAGAUCUACACAAUUUUAUACAGUUUGAUUUGAUGAUACAAUUGGACUACUUUGCAGCACUAUAAUGAACUAGCUUUUUUCCUCUGAAUUAUAGAAGUUCAUUUCGUGUCUAUAAUUUAUAGCGGGCUUGUGUAAUAUUAUUCUGUAAUAUUUAUUAUUCUAACAUAUUUUUUGUAUCCUGAUGAAACGACGAUAAUUUAAUCUUUUAAUUUAGAUUACUACACUGUUUAUCCUUAAUGGGUUAAUGAUCAUUAGACGUUGAUAGUCGUGCGAGACGCGCGUUAUUUAUAUAGAGGAAUAAUACACACGACGAGGGAGUAUUGCACAAUGAUUGCAUGCGCUUAGAACGUUUCUCAAGGGUCGGAUGGAAUGUGUAGCCUAGUUUUAUGCCAAUUUUAAACCGUCUCAAUGCUCCGCCUGGAACUACUCCGGACUAUUUUCAGAUGCAGUUCCCGUGUCACUGCGUUUCAUAUGCCGCCUCUCUACACCAGUAAUUUUAAUUACACCUUUAGCAACCUCCCUAUGUUUCAUCCUAACGAACCGUUCUUUAGAAUAACGAAGCAUUCUCUUCGAAUAGUAUCGGUCGACACCGCUGUCGUUUCUCAAUUAACACCGGUAUAGUAUUAUGAAAUUAUGGUACUUGAUCAGCGUCGAUUUAAUAAGCGAAUCGAAUUAGCCUACAUUCGUCUUCUUCUUUUCGAUUGUAAAACACGCUUAAAUUGUAGAUGAUGAUUAUUAAAUUCGAUCAAAACGUUA